CCCUCACCCGAAACGCAACAAUGAAGGCAGUGGCUUUGGUGAUCCUGGCGGCGUCGGCGGCGGCGGUGGCGGCAUGGGCGGCUCCCCAGGGCGGCUACAACUACCAGCAACCGGCUGUACAGGGAGGCGGCCAGUACCCCGACGCCCCCGCCCAGUACAACUUCCAGUGGGACGUCAACGACGAAUAUUCAGGCAAUUUCUACGGUCACCGAGAACAGAGGGACGGAGACAACACCCAGGGAACUUACUUCGUCCGGCUGCCGGACACCCGGCUCAUGAGGGUGGACUACUACGCCGACGAGUCCGGCUACCACCCUACUAUCACCUAUGAGGGCGAGGCCCAGUAUCCCAGCGCCCCGGCUAGGGGCUACGCUCAGCCUGCUUCAGUACCGAGCCAGGGUUACUCUCUGCCUGCUUUAGCUCCCAAGCAGCCUGCCUCAGCUCCUAGGCAGGUGUACUCUCAGCCUGCCUCACCUCCUAGGCAGGUGUACUCCCAGUCUGCCUCACCUCCUAAGCAGGUAUACUCUCAGCCUGCUCAGCAGCCCUCACAGUUCUACACUCAACCAGGAAAAUAGGAAAUAUGAAGAAAAGUUCACAUUUUUAAUCGUAUAUUACCACCGACUUUGUUUCCUUCACCGUGCCACGCAGAGAGCAACUUGCAGCGUCUCGGUCUGCCAUAUUAUUUAGUGGUUGCUGAAGACCUGCGCUCCCUGAAGGCCCUCGAAGGUGCUGAUCUGUAGCUCCUGAAGCGUCUCCAAGGCAUGCAACUAGAGAUUUGAGGCUCCUGAAGGCUCUUCAAGUCCUGGAGACCCCUUACCACUGGGUCAUCAGCUUCAUGCACCGUCUGCACCGCCUGCUGAUUAGUGUUUGUACUAAUUGUACAUAUACUUUUUUAUACAAAGAUUCUUUAAAUAUGACAAUAAAAAUAGAAUGAAUCUGAAAAAAA